ACCACGGCGCGGGCUUCAUAAAGGGCGAGCGGGCGAACAACCCUAGGCGGCAGCGGCAGCGGCAGGGGCAGCGAUCUUUUCAUCGCCUUGGGCUCUCUCGUCUCCGUCGCAAAGGUUUGAUUACUAUCAUCAACCAAAAUGUUUACUGCAAGGAAAAAGAUACAAAAAGAUAAGGGUGCUGAGCCGACCGAGUUUGAGGACACUGUUGCCCAGGCAUUCUUUGAUUUAGAGAAUGGGAAUCAGGAGUUAAAGAGUGACUUGAAGGACCUUUACAUCAACUCGGCUGUUCAAGUGGAUGUAGCUGGCAAUAGGAAAGCUGUUGUUAUCCAUGUUCCGUAUAGACUUCGGAAAGCCUUCAGGAAGAUUCAUGUGAGACUCGUUAGAGAAUUGGAAAAGAAGUUUAGUGGGAAGGAUGUGAUUCUCGUUGCUAGUCGAAGGAUACUGAGGCCACCUAAGAAAGGUUCUGCCGUUGUGCGCCCUCGCAGCCGCACUCUCACUGCCGUUCAUGAUGCCAUCUUGGAAGAUGUAGUUUACCCUGCUGAAAUUGUUGGAAAGCGCAUAAGAUAUCGUCUGGAUGGCUCUAAGAUCAUGAAGAUUUUCCUUGACCCAAAGGAGCGGAACAACACGGAAUACAAAACAGAGACCUUCACGAGUGUUUACCGGAGGCUUUGUGGGAAGGACGUGGUAUUUGAGUACCCUGUCACCGAGACUGCAUGAAAAUAUUUAUCACCAGCUUAGUAUUGUUAUUAAACUUAUAAAUCGGGAGACAAUUUUGCUGAGAAGCACCAAGUUCGGUUUAAUUUGGUAAAUUGAAGAUACUUGAUGAUUUCAUGAUCAGGAAACUAGCAUCUUUGCAUUACUGCCAUUUUAUUUUCUUUUUUAGGCAUGUGCAUUUGAGCUGGGAUCUGAUUUGUGGUAUUUGGAUAUUCAAUGCCGGAUAAAAAAGAAUUUGUACCACCA